UCUGUCAAAAUGGCGGACGGGCUGAUACCUGUCGAAGGAAGCACAAGAUUGCUUGCUCAGAUCUCAGGCUCUCUGACCCCGCCAAACUCCCCGGUUAAAUACACAAAAUCUGGAAGGACAGUGAAAAUACCGGUACAGAGAAUCCGAUGUGGAAAAUACGAUUUACGUGGUAAGGAGAGAUGGCUAGAGUAUAUGCCCGCCUCGACAAAUUUGAAGAUUGUAUACCGCGACAAUCAACAUUUUGAACACCAAGAGUGCACUGUGUUCAAUUUGACGGACAUUUCCGCGGCUGAUCUUCGCAUAUCUGCAAGGUUUGGGUGCUUGGAUGCCAUGAUUGGAACGGUGACGCUGGAAUGCGAUACUGCCAUUUUUACCACCACCUGCGAGGCGAGAGCCCCCCAAAACACCUAUGUCGCUGAAUUGACAUUCCACGUUAACUACACAGGCCAAAUGCGAGAUAUCCUACGGUCAUUAAGGCAAGCUAAACUAGCAGAGAGCACAGUUAGCAGAGAGGAUUCUACACUGGGGUGCCCAGGAAAAUCGCAUGCGAAAUUACGCGAAGGCCUUCCAGAUUGGAUUCAGUACCUCCCUCGCAUGUUGUACACGCCUUUUUUACGACGCGUUAUUGAGGUGUUCCUGGUGUGUUACACUUUUUUCUCCAUCAUGUGGGCGUUGUGGCAGUUGUAUCGGCACGUGGAUUUCAUCAGAGCCUACGUUCAACCGUUAAUCGACGCUUUGAUUAGCCAUAUACAGACUUUGGACAAGAUAUUGCAAUUCUUAAACACGAUUUUUGAAGAGUACACUCGCCAGUGGAUGGCGUACCUACGACCAGUAUGUUUAAUUCUUUACACAACGGCCACACCUUUAAUCGACAUGGGAAAACAAAUCUGGGCAUCAUUAUCUAGUUUAUCUCUCGCUACUCUACAACCAAUUCUAUUCUUACUAGAGCCAGUAAUUCAUAUCGUUAAUGUUAUAUUCAUCAAAACGCCAGUUGCACUAUUUAUGCCUUUGUAUAAUGUUUUUGUUACAGUCUGGUCUGUGUUUUAUGACUCGAUUGGACAGAGGAUCUAUCUCCCGCAUAUUGCUCAGUUUUUCCGUAGUGUCUUGCAUAUCCUCAAGGAAGUGCUUGAGCGUAGUGUACGUCUGGACCCGUUAAAAGCACAGUUGAUUCUAAUGCGAUCAAACGUUCUGAAUAGUGGGAAGUCUCUAGGCUUGGGACUUGUAUAUAUUUACAAGUAUGUGGAAAAAAAGGUUUGGCUCAUAUUUAGGAGUGGAGAUGAUGACAAGGAGGAAUAGAGUAAAACCAGCUUGAUGUGCAGCCAACUGGAAGUCAGUGCCUUGUACAGUUUGGUACUGAAUACAGUUGUAAAUACAUGAAAGUAUCCUCAAUAUAUUCUAUUGUUUAUACUAAAUAUUAUAUUAUAUUUAUUUAUUUAUCAAUAUCAUUUAUUCAUACAAAGUUUAUUAUGUGAAAUAAAACAAACAUCAUGUAUAAGUGAUA